UCGAUACUAUGUGGCACAGGAAGAUUAAUUGUGUGGCAUACCAAGAGUUGAUUGAUUUCUUCUUGUUUCUGUUCUGCAGUUUGAAUAGUUUAUUCCAUGGCGUCGGAAAGACGAACCCUCUUGCAUACCACGUCUACACCGGCAUGUUAAGAGUUGCUGCUAAAUAUGAAAACAUCGAUCAAGUCGUCACAGAUUUAGACAAGGUUAAGAAAUGGACUAUCCAGUGGGAAUUGAAUCGAGACAGAAUCAACAAUGUGUACAGGCUGCUGUACGAGGGGCUCAAAGAAAGCAAGCAUGGGUAAGUUUAUUAUUUUGUU